AGGAGAAGACUUCACAGAUUGGGGCUUCUUCCGUCGGCGAUCGUCUUCACUUCCUCUCCAAAUCGCUUCCGUCUUCUCCAGGCACCCUGAAAAUUCCCCAUGGCGACGGCGCUUGUCGGCGGAGCAUUUCUCUCCGCUUUCCUCCAGGUGCUCUUCGACCGGAUGGCCUCCCGCGAGGUCGUCGACUUCUUCCGGUCACGCAAGCUCGGCAAGGGGAGGCUGCUGCAGAAGCUGGAGGUCGCCCUCCUGUCCGCGAACGCCGUGCUGGACGACGCGGAUGAGAAGCAGAUGACCAACGACUCCGUCAGGAAGUGGCUCGACGAGCUCAAGGACGCCGUGUACGACGCCGACGACCUGUUCGACGAGAUCGCCGCCGAGGAUCUGGAGCGAGAAGCCGGGUCCGACCCUCGGGCCCUCGCUUGUAAGGUCUGCAGCUUCGCUUCGGACGCUUGUGCGAGUGGACUAGGAGAUAAGUUAGAGAAGGUUCUGGAGAGAUUGGAGAGCGUGGUGAAGCAGAGAGAAGUGCUGGGCCUAAGGGAAGGUAUUCGCGAGAGGACGCCUAGAGCUUUGCCGACCACUUCGUUGGUCGAGGAAUCGGGCGUCUUCGGGAGGGAGAAGGACAGGGAGGCGGUGAUCGAGUUGCUCUUGUCGGAUCGGGGUGAAAAGAACACCAGCGUGAUGGCCAUAGUUGGGAUGGGUGGUGUUGGUAAGACCACGUUGUCCCAGCUCGUGUUCAACGAUAGUGCGGUGAAGGGGAGUUUCGAGUUGAGGUCGUGGGUUUGCGUGUCCCACCAAUUCGACAUCUGCAAGCUGACGGCGACGGCUCUCGAGGAAUUCUCCUCUUCCAAGAAGGAGACGGAAAAUCUCAACCAGCUUCAGCUCCAACUGAAGAACUUCUUGACAGGGAAGAAAUUCCUAUUGCUGUUGGAUGAUGUUUGGAAUGAGGACUCAAAUAUUUGGAAUGCGUUCCUAGUUCCUUUUAGCUAUGGAGCAAGAGGCAGCAAAAUCAUCGUGACACCAAGAAAUGAGGGCGUCGCAUUGGUUGCUCGUGCCUUCUCGACAUACUAUUUACAGAAGUUACAAGACAAGGAAUGUUGGGACUUGUUCGCACAACAUGCAUUUGAAGAGCAUAACUUCGAGGCGCACAUGAGACUUGAAGAUAUUGGGCAAAGAAUUGUUAAGAGAUGUGAUGGAUUGCCUCUUGCACUGAAGACUAUAGGUAGCUUGUUACGCUAUGAGUCUGAUAUCAGGAAGUGGGAAAUAAUUGCAGAGAGUGAUAUUUGGGAUUUGGCACCUGGAAAGAAUGAAAUUCUCCCUGCGUUGUUGUUAAGUUAUCAUUACCUUCCUCCACAACUGAAGCAAUGUUUUUCCUACUGUUCAAUCUUCCCAAAGGAUUGUAGAUAUGAGAAGGACCAACUGAUCUUACUUUGGAUUGGUGAGGGCUUGAUAAAACAACCUAAGGACAGCAGGACAUUAGAGGAAGUAGGUGAUCAGUGCUUCUGUGAUCUAGUGUCUAGAUCUUUGCUUCAUAGAGUAAGCAACGUUGAAUCAAGUUUCUGGAUGCAUGAACUGGUCAAUGACUUAGCAAGAUAUGUAGCUGGUCGAUCUUUUUAUAGCUUGGACAGAGUCAAUUCCCACCAGGUGUCCUCAAGCACUCGCCAUUUGUCAUUUGUAAGAACUCGAUAUGAUGUCGCUUCUAGAUUCGGAGUGUUAGCCGGGGCAAUGAAUUUGCGUACUUUCCUGCCACUAAACGUGGAUCACGUGACAUCUAACGCGUACUUUUUCUUGACUGAUGAGGUACUGCAUGUUCUGUUGCCGACCUUGAGUCGGUUAAGGGUGCUAUCUUUGUCUCAUUAUCAGAAACUCUCUAUGUUGCCCAGUUCAGUUGGAUGUUUGAAGCAUCUGCGCUAUUUGAAUCUCUCUUAUAAUAGAAGUCUAGCCAGAUUGCCUGAUUCAAUUACUGCUCUAUACAACUUGCAAACCUUAAUUCUUGCUUACUGUCAGUCUCUCAUUGAGUUACCAAGAAACAUGGGUAGCCUAACCUGUCUGCGUCAUCUUGAUAUAAGGGAGACAUUCCUGAAGAGAAUACCGUUGGGGAUGAGCAAACUGAAGAAUUUGCAGACAUUAACUAAUUUCGUGGUGGCUGAAAACGGUGGGACCAGGGUUAGGGAACUAGGGGAGCUUGGGAAUCUUAUGGGUACACUCUCCAUAUAGGGUUUGCAGAAUGUUGAUAGUUACCAAGAUGCAGAGAUAGUCGAUUUGCAGGGAAAAAGGUACUUGAAAAAGUUAGUACUGGAAUGGGGUUCUGAUAAAAAUAUUAUGCAGCAAAAUUGCUUAAAUGUAUUGGACAAGCUGCAACCUCAUUGGAACUUGACAGAGCUUAUCAUUAUAUCCUAUAGUGGUAAGUCGUUCUCUGAUUGGCUAGGACAUGGUUCAUUCUCUAAUAUGUCAGUCAUGCGUCUUGAAUCUUGCAAGCACUGUGUGUCGUUGCCUCCUUUAGGACAGCUACCAUCUCUAGAGAAGUUGAUAAUCAAAGGAUUUGAUGGAGUUACAAGUGUGGGUACUGAAUUCAAUGGUAGUAACUGUAUACCUUUUCAGUCACUUAAGUACUUGGAAUUUGCUGACAUGUGCAGUUGGAAAGAGUGGGCUUCUUUUGCAAUAGAGACGGGUGGUCUUGCCUUUGCACAUCUGCAUGAGCUUUGUAUUAGAAAUUGCCCCGAGUUGAGUGGAGGUUUGCCCAACCAUCUCCCUUCUCUAUCAGCCUUGUCCAUUGAAAAGUGUCCACAGCUAACGUCUUCUCUACCAUUUGCACCACUUCUUCGUAAGAUCAAUUUGGAUGAUUGUGGAAAGGUUUCUGGAGUUGAGCCUCUCCUAAAUGGCACUGAGUUACGAGAUAUGGAAAUCAAGAAUCUUUCAACCCUUCCCUUGAGGUUUCUUCCUCCUACCAUGAUAAGACUCAAUCUUGAAGACAGUCAUGAAAUAGAGUUGCCAAUACAUAGAUGCCAUGAAUCUCUCCAAUAUCUAAACUUGAAGCAGAGCUGCGAUUCACUUAUAUCCAUUCCUCUGGAAAUUUUCCCCUCACUUAAGAAUAUUCAGUUAGUGGAGAUUCAAAAAUUGGAACAUCUUUCAAAUUCAGACAGUUCUCCACUUCUUCUCCAUUCGAUGAACAUUAGUGAUUGCCUUGAAUUUAGAUCUUUCCCUGCGGGAGGAUUGGUUGCCCCACGCCUCACUUCAUUAGAGUUGAAUGAUUGUCAUCAUCUAAAGUAUCUGCCAGAAAACAUGCAUGCUCUCCUUCCUUCGCUUCGGUCACUGAAAAUAUCCUCAUGUCCACAACUCGAGUCAUUUCCCGAGCAGGGUUUGCCCUCCAAGUUGGUUGCGCUUUCACUCUCUAAUUGUGACAAGCUCAUCACUGGCCGCAAGGAUUGGGGUCUUCAAUCACUAUGCUCUCUUAAAACUUUUGUCAUUGAGCAGGAGAAAAAUAUAGAGUCAUUUCCUGAGAUAGGGCUUCUACCAAGCUCUCUUACCUCUCUGUAUAUCUUUAACUUUGAGAAUCUGACAUCCCUGAACUCCAAAGGGCUUCAUAGCCUGAGCUCCCUUGAAAAAUUGUUCAUUGGCGAAUGUCCUAAGCUCCAUUCCUUCCCAAAGGAGGAACAAAUUCUGCCUGCUUCUCUUACCACUCUGUUGAUUUAUGAUAUGGAUCUAAAAUCACUAGACAACUUAGGGCUCCACCACCUCACUUGUCUCAAAACCUUUCACAUAAUUGACUGCCGAAGUCUUCGAUCCAUGCCAGUUGAGGGCUUGUCAUCCUCCCUUUCCAAUCUAUUUAUCUAUGGGUGUCCUUUUCUGGAGAAAAGAUGCCAACGCAAGAAAGGGAAAGAUUGGCCCCUAGUUUCUUACAUUCGCUGCAUCGUGAUUGAAGAUGUGCUCAUCACAUAAUCGAAUAUCUUGCUUUACAAGCCCUGCAUUUACCAAGAUCUCACUAGGGUAUCUCUCUUGACCCUACACUAAGUAAGCCAUUUAUAUAUUCACAACAUGCUUCAGUCGCACUGUGGUCAAGCAGUACCAUCUGGCUGUAUUUGCCGCAAGCCACUCUGGUAACACUCCACAAUGGAAGUUAUUUGUAGUUUCACCAGCUUUCCAUUCUUGUUCCUACUAUCGGGCUGCAUGAUUUGUUUAUCGGUUGCCGAGUUAUUUAGCUGGAUCAUCUGUUUUUCAUUUGUUUAUUGGUUGCCGAUUUAUUUAGUUGGAUCAUCUGCUUUUCCCCUUCUCCAUUCUCUCUAUAUAAAUCACACUCCCAUACUUCAGCUGAGCAUCUGUCACGGUCUUUAUACUCUCAACUGGAAAUGAUAAUUCCAUUGUUACUUUUUGUCAUCAAGUUAUUUCAGCUUUAAGAUCUCACUCAUAUCACGAUUGUCAACACCUACAAAUGCCAACUCAUGGAACUGUUUGUGCAUGAGCUAACUAAUGUAAAUAGAGCAAAGAGAUUCGUGGCCAUAUGAAGAAGGCCUAGCCUUGAUUAGGCUAUCCAGAUGAAAUUAUUUUUUCACAAACCCUGUGGCACAUCCUCAAGUUAUAGAGAGAGUAAAUUUGCUCUUAUUGACAGAUGCUUUCUGUUGUCUAAAGCCUUAUAAUAUUGCAAGGGAGACAUAAAUUCUUAAGGACAGGCAUGACUCAUGACUGACCUCUAUUCCACUUGCCAGAACAGUGUGGUAUCGUGGGUGUAGUAUAUUUCUGUUUGCUUUGUAUUUUUAUUUGUCCAUUUCAGCUUAACAUCACUCUAAUGCUGUACAGUUUAAC